AUGUGGAACGGCGUGAUUAGAAAGAACGGCCCUAUUGACCUCAGCAAUAACGGCAUUAAGUUGUUGCGGUUUUGUACAAAUAACGGACUGUCCGUUAUGAAGACCUUCUUUGAGCAUCGAAAAGUGCAUCAGGACACCUGGUACCACGAAGCUUGUGCACAGAAGACGAUGGUUGAUUUGAUAAUCGUAUCGUCUGACCUAAGACGCUCAGCAAUGGAUGUUCGUGUUAAAAAAGGCGCAGAGCUAUCAACCGAUCAUCACCUUGUUGUUGGCACGAAAGUUGAUCCCGGUGAUGACCACCGGUGUGGAAACCGACAGCUCUUUAACAGCGGCAUACACGAGGCUGCCGCCAAAUGCUACGGAUUUAAACAGGUUGGCCUGCCACCUGGAGAAGCGCAUCGAGCAUUGGAAUUGCUUGAAGAGUACCACAAAAGUCUUGUCCGGGCGGAAGAUCGUCAGCUGCGAGACGCGAUAGAACGAGUGAUUUCUAUCUUCAAGAGCCGUCUCUUCCAGGCUUUAUUAGGCGACGCGGUUUUAGAAAUACAAAAAGCUCGUGCCUAUCCCGGACUGGCGCAGCCGAUGGUAUCCAUCGCUGCAUCAGACACCGCCGGACAGGUUGGAAGCAUCAGUACUUACAGCUUGCUCAUGGUACGGUGCCGGUGGCAGCGUCUCAGCGACGUUCUACUACAUACUUCUUCCUUUUAUGUACCUCGCAAACGGAAGCACCGCUAGAC